GGCUGCUGAUAUGGGUUAUAAAGUGAGAGCCAAAGGCUUAACCCUACGCCGCUGAUUCUAAGGAAAAAAAAUAAAUGCAAAAAGUUACGUAGUUUAUAAUUAAAUACAGUAGAAUAUAAUCCGGAAAGGAACGCGUUUUUUUUUUUAUAAUUUUUAAUUUUUAUGCUAUUUCUAUGUUUUUCUUGUCGAAGGUGCCUCCCUCCUUCCUCUUAGAAAAAAAAAAAAGUCCUUGCUCUUCGGUAAUCUCGCUGUUGAGAGCAGGUGUCUCUUGUGCUUGUUAGGAAUUUGGUUUUCCUAGUUGGAAAAGAUUCCUUUUCACUCUGGCCACUGCAACAAGACUAAACUUUUCUCGCACCUCACAGUGGGUGUGGGGGGACAAUGAAGGGGUGAUUCUGCUUUGUGUUUUAAGGAGAUCGAGAUCAUCCCAUAUCUGGAGAUUGUGGCGUGUUUCGGAGGGUCUUUCACUUGAUUAUGGCUAAUGUCAGUGUUUGCUAAGUCCCCCUAAGUUUGAUGGUAGCUUUUCAUAUUUUCUUUUUCAUGGUAGCAGAAUUAGGUGCUUUUCUCAGGAUUUUGAACCUUAAUAAUUAGAAUAGUAUGGUGCUCAUAGUUUUUUAUGUAACAAAACGGUAGGUCUCAUGUGGAUGUAGUGCUAGUUUGUAUCACGUAAAUGGUUAGAUUUUCAUGCUUCAAUGCUCACAUUGGAUGUCAGAAACCCAAGAAAACAGCUCAGCUAUCCGUUGAAGCAAUGCAUAAGACUUUAGAAGAUUUUCGUCAAGUUCUAGCCCCUAAGGAUUCAAAUAAAGCUACACACAUGGACUCAUUCUUGCCGGAGGCAGAAACAAUUGUUGAUAUUCAUUACAAUGCCAAACCUGUUACAGAUUCUUUGUCUGUUUACCAUAACAGGAAAUCAGAGGAAACAAAAGACAAAAUUGAUCUUGAUACCUAUUCCAGGGUCCUUCAGAAUAGGCACUAUCUGAAGAAGAGUCAAUCCCUUGGAAGUAGACUGUGCCUGGAAGGAAGGGUUCCUGGACAAAAUGAUACUGAUGGUGAGACUGAUCAGGGAUUUUCCUCUGAUUCGCAAAACCACGGCAGCAAACACACAGUAGUGAGCCAAAAUGCUUCAUGCUCAGAAUCUGUUCAAGUAAGCUCUUACAAUGUCAAUAAUGAACCGGUUUUCUCUAUAGGAGACCCUGAGCAUUCAGAAAAGGAUGGCCAUGAUAAUUCUGAUUUACCUUUAUCUGGUGAGGGUGCUAAUGGCUGUGGUGAUUGUCUGCCCAAUAAUGCACAUGUGAUUGCAAAAUCAUGUUCUAUGCCAAACAUUGUUGCAUCUGAACUCACUUCAGGAGCACAUUCUACUUUUAAAUAUUUGACACGUCAUCCAAGAUCUUCUGAGGAUGUACAUGUCUUCGACACGAGGCGAAAGGAGAUUUCAGUUUUUGAGGUUGAUACAGAAGUUAUGCGAGAAGAAGAAAAAGAUGACGGCAUAUAUAAAAAUCAGAAAACUAACUUUGAAAGUUCUUAUUACGAGAGAUUUGAUUCUUUUAGUUAUUCUGCAUCAGCAAAAGACUGGAUUGUGCCAGUUUCAGAUGAGGUAAACUCAGUGAAAAUCCUGCAAGAAGAAUUGCCAGUUCAGAAUUGGAAUGAAUUGACUGGCAAGGAUUUUAAGAUUAAGCGAAUUGAGGAAUGGGUUAAUGAUAUUCAACACUGCAGCCCAUUGGAAGAAACAAUUGAAUUAUUUCAUUCCAGUGAUCAUGUGAAGGCGGAACCUGCUGUCUCAAAUGGUUUGACUGCUUCAAAGGCAGAUGUUAAGGUAACGCCUGGCAUGGAAGCUGCAAAAAGACACAUAUCUUCUUUGAGUGCCUCAGCAACCACAGCUCAGCUGGCAAAUCAUGGUUUGGUUAUUAUACCAUUUCUCAGUGCAUUUGUCAGCUUGAAGGUGCUUAAUCUUUCGGGAAAUGCAAUAGCAAGGAUUACAGCUGGUGCUCUUCCACCAGGACUUCACAUGUUGGAUCUGUCAAAGAAUAAUAUAUCCACCAUUGAGGGUUUACGUGAACUUACUCGACUUCGUGUACUGGACCUGAGCUACAACCGUAUAUUUAGAAUUGGUCACGGUUUGGCUUCGUGUUCCUCUCUUAAAGAGUUGUACUUGGCUGGAAACAAGAUAAGUGAGGUAGAGGGUCUUCAUCGCCUCUUAAAAUUGACUGUUUUGGAUCUGCGUGUCAACAAAAUCUCUACAACCAAAUGUCUGAACCAACUUGCAGCAAAUUAUAAUUCCUUGCAAGCCAUCAGCUUGGAAGGUAACCCAGCAGAGAAAAAUAUUGGAGAUGAACAUCUGAAGAAACAUUUGCUAGGCCUUCUUCCACAUUUGGUUUACUUUAACAGGCAGGCUAUUAAAGUCAGCACAUUGAAGGAUGCUGCAGAACGUUCAGUUCGACUAGGCAUCAAUGCCCAUCAAUUUGACCGUGGUCUUAGAUCAGAAAACAAAGCUAUAAGGAAGAGUAAUUAUGUCACUUCUGUACACCGGCCAUCCUCUUCAUCAAUUCAUAGUCGUAAAAGUCAAGCCACUGUUUCCCCAAGACAGUCCAGAGGCAGAUAUGGGCGACUGCCUCCCAGUGGAAUCAAAGCAACAAGCAAUAAUCGAAAUCAUGAUUUAGAACUUGGUAGCAAAUUUCUGAACUUUAAAUCGGAGCGUUCCAUCCGAAGGACCCGAAGUGAGGGAACUCUGGCGCCUCCGUGAAGUCAGUGUGCUGAUUUAUGCAGUCUGGUUGUUAUGCUAUUCAGUUUGGAGUUAUAUUGCUUGUCUGUACUGCAAUAAAUUGUCACUCGAGAUUUGGUGUGACCAGGCAUUUUUGCAAUUGGUUUGCAAUAUUUGGAAUUCUUAUUCUCCUUUCGUUUUUAAGUUAUAUUAUUUUUGUGUACGAAAAUGUGUGAAAUUCAUAAUUUGCCCCUUCUCUAAUCGUGAAACAGAGAGAGAUUGGCCUUUCCAAUGUGGUAGAAAUUAGAAUAAAUGAAAGGGCUUUGAUUUACCUUUCUAUUCACUACAAGAAAUGAAAGAUUAGUGAUACU